UUGAAAAUCAGUUGACAAUAAAGUUUAUCAUAAAUUUACGUUUUGUGUAUUAUAUCAUUUUUUUAGGACCACGAAUUCAAUUUGGUUUUUAGCAUGAAGCCCAUUAUAUACGAACAGAGUCAAGCCCUGGCAGAGCUCGCACUAACGUACAAUUGGUUUGAUGUAACUAUCCUGUUCGCAAAGGAAAAAUCACUCGAUAUUCACAUGAAAGAGCUAGUACGCAGAAUUCAAACUACGAAACCCUUACUGUUGGUCAGAACUGUAGAAAUCUCGAACUCUUUCGAUAUCAGAGAUAAACUUCUUAAAGUAAGAGCUUCUAAAACGACACUGGUAGUACUGUAUUGUUCGUCUUCUAGCGCAAGGAAAAUACUAGAAACUGCGGCUGCGCUAAAGCUAUUUAACGGGAACCAAGCUUGGGUCGUAACCGACUVUCUGACCGAGGAUCCCUCACUGUUACCAUGGUUACCUAUUGGUGUAUUGGGCAUGCGCAUUCGUAGUUCUCAAGAGUCGUCAUCACUGACCCAAGACUUGGUUCAUGACAGUAUUGUGGUUAGUGCUCAUGCGCAAAGCUUGGACUUGAAGAACAAUGGAAAGAUGAGCAGCGUCAAGAAAAGCUGCGACAACAUGACCACAGGAAAACCAACUGAUGAAUUUUUAAGGAAAACUCUGAGCAGCAUCAAAAUGACCGGAAAAACAGGUCAUAUCCAGUUUGACAAGAAUGGAAACAGGAUAAAACCUGAAUAUGACAUAUUAAACCUUCAUAGUAGCUCAAUGGGUAAGAAGGAAUGGAAGCGAAUUUCAUAUUGGARCACAAACGAAAACAGGUUAAUACCUAAUGGAGUAUCGAUGAAGUGGCUCGGAGGAAAAAUCAUUCAUCCAACCAACUCACUGAACAUGAAGGAAGUAAGAGUCAUUACAGCACUGACUGAACCUUUUGCGUUUUAUGGUUCUCGGGAUGARGAUGUCAAAGAUGGUAAAGUAGUAUGYGCUCUGGGAUUUCCAUGUAAAACACUCAAAUCCUUGGGGAAUGGUACGUCUUCGUUCCAAACUAAAUGYUGCAAAGGACUAGCUAUGGACCUUCUGCGCAUGCUUGAAAGUGACUUAGGUUUCAAGGCUGAUUUGCACGUGGUCAAAGAUGGUAAAUACGGUGGCUUUAACCGACAAACCCGGUCAUGGAAUGGACUGAUAGGGGAGCUUWUGCGAGGAGAAGCAGAUAUGGCAGUUGCAGAUUUAACUAUUACCGAUUCAAGGAGCCAGGUUGURGACUUCACACAACCGUAUCUGCACGUCGGUCUAGGCAUUUUGGUUUCAGUAGAGAAAGACAGGCAAGCAUGGCUUCUUCGUUUUCUAGAUCCCUUCUCAAUUGAAAUGUGGAUCGUAACAAUUGCCACCAUAAACAUAGUGUUCGUACUUCUUUGGUUCCUGGACAAGAACAGCCCAGGUGGUCACUACAGAAAAGGCGGAAAUUAUAAAGAAAAGAAGAAAUUUCAUUUAAUUGCAAGUUUGUGGUUUACUUGGGGCAGUGUAUUUCGUACUGAUGAAUGUGAAUCUAGACCAAGAAGUUACAGCAGUCGUGCUCUUGCUGUGGUGUUCGCCUUUGGAAUGUUGGUUAUUACCAACACUUAUACUGCUAACCUCGCAGCUGUGUUAGUCUCAGAGAAUGAGGCAAACUCCAUCUCUGGUAUACAAGACCCGAAGCUCCAAAACCCAACGAAUGGUUUUACCAUUGGAACAGUAAAAGAGACAAGUAUGGAGAAAGUGUUCAAAGAAAGUACAGAUCCAGUUUACUCGCAGAUUUGGAAGAAGAUGAAACUGAACCAAGUGAACACUUUUGCAGAAGGAGUGCAAAAAGUUUAUAACGGUGAAUUGUCAGCCUUUAUAGGCGAUGAACCAACACUGCUGUACCAUAUUUCAAAACAGAAAACAUGCAAGCUCAAACUUGUUGGCAAACCAUUUUUCCAGUCAGGUUUUGGAAUUGCCUUAACAAAAAACUCCAGUUUCACCAAUAAACUCUCAGAUAUUUUGAUCCUGUACCAGAAGCUUGACACUUAUCGRAAACUGACACAGAGAUGGCUGAGUGGUACAUGCAACAACAACGCGAAACCUGGAUCAAACUUCAAAGAAAUGACCAUUGAUGAUCUUGGAGGAGCUUAUGUGAUCGUCCUCAUWGGUGUGUUUACGUCAGUGGUCGUUCUUKCCUUCGAGUUUUAUGUUGACAAGUUUGGCUUUCCUUUCUCUCACAUCUGGACAAAUAAGCCACAUCGCCAUUUCCCAUCGACAAGRGAGCUUUUUAAAAAGGGAAUCAUUAGAAAUAAACGUUCACAAUGGUUUUCAACAGCACCUCUUGAAUUGAGCAUCAGCCAUCGGCGAUUUAUAGAAAGCAUGCACAAGUCUUCGUUGAACUAUGGYGCGAGUUAUGAGGAGAAAGUGGAGCCGGGACCAAAUGAAGACRUUAUUUUCARAACCGAUUAUUCUGCCUCGACGUAUACAGAAUACAAUUCGUCUGCUUCCCUAUCUUGCCCUGCUUCCCCUGUAUCAAUCACGUUUGGCACGUCCUUAAGAGAUUGCAAAAUGAACAGAACUCUUUAAAGACGCGUAUUUAAUAAGAG